GCCUUCUGGAGACUCCACCCAUCCUCGCAGAAGAGCCCAGAAAGAAGAUAUGGCUAUUGGACCCAGGGAAGCAAGGUCUCAAGUGUCGGUGACCUUCCAGGAUGUGGCUGUGCUUUUCACGAGGGAUGAGUGGAGGGAGCUGGGUCCUUCUCAGAGAAACGUGUACCAGGAAGUGAUGCUGGAGAACUACAGCAACCUGGUCUCACUGGGACUCCUGUUUUCCAAACCAAAAGUGAUCUCCCUGUUGCAGCAAGGAGAAGAUCCUUGGAGGGUAGAGAAAGAAAGUCCUGGAGGCCCCUCUCUAGGAUGUAAGAGCAGUCCUAAAACUACAAAGUCAACUCAAACCCAAGAUUCAUCAUUUCAGGGGCUUAGAAGGAAAAGACUCAAAAGGGAUGAACCCUGGAAUUUCAUAUCAGAAAAACCCUGCAUAUAUGAAGACAGAUUAAAGAAACAAAAGGACAAAAAAGAAAGUUUACAAAUAAUUUCAAUCACCCAUACAAAAAUCCUCACUGUAGAAAGAAGCCAUAAAAAUACUGACUUUGGCCAAAAUUUCAGCCUGAACUCAGUCUUUGUUAAGCAACAGAGGGUUGCUAGGGAAAAAACACCCUCAAAAUAUGAAAUACAAAGAAAUAGUUUCAAGCAGAAUUCAAACUUACUUAACCAACCAAAAAUCAAAACAGCAGAGAAGCGGUAUAAAUGUAAUAUAUGUGAAAAAGCCUUCAUUCACAAUUCUUCCCUUCGUAAACAUCAGAAAAACCACACUGGAGAGAAAUUAUUUAAAUGUAAAGAAUGUUUGAAAGCUUUCAGCCAAAGUUCAGCUCUUAUUCAGCAUCAAAGAACUCAUACUGGAGAGAAACCCUACAUCUGUAAAGAAUGUGGGAAAGCUUUCAGUCAUAGUGCAUCCCUUUGUAAACAUCUAAGAAUCCACACUGUGGAGAAAUCCUAUAGAUGUAAAGAAUGUGGUAAAUCCUUCAGCAGAAGGUCUGGCCUUUUUAUACAUCAAAAAAUCCACGCUCGAGAAAAUCCCCAUAGAUAUAACCCAGGUAGGAAGGCAUCCAGCACAUCCCUUCCCGGGUGUCAGAGAAUUCAUCUCCGAAAGAAGUCCUAUUUAUGUAAUGAAUGUGGCAACACCUUUAAGUCUAGCUCAUCCCUUCGUUAUCAUCAGAGGAUUCACACGGGAGAGAAACCUUUCAAGUGCAGUGAAUGUGGGAGAGCCUUCAGCCAGAGUGCGUCUCUUAUCCAGCACGAAAGAAUUCACACCGGAGAAAAGCCCUAUCGAUGUAACGAAUGUGGAAAAGGUUUUACUUCUAUUUCAAGACUUAAUAGACACCGGAUAAUUCAUACUGGUGAGAAACUGUAUAACUGUAACGAAUGUGGCAAAGCCUUAAGUUCUCACUCAACGCUUAUCAUUCAUGAAAGAAUUCACACUGGAGAGAAACCGUGUAAAUGUAAAGUGUGUGGGAAAGCCUUCCGACAGAGUUCAGCUCUCAUUCAACAUCAGAGGAUGCACACUGGAGAAAGACCCUAUAAAUGCAACCAGUGUGGGAAAACAUUCAGGUGUAACUCAUCUCUUAGUAAUCAUCAGAGAAUUCACACAGGAGAGAAACCAUAUCGAUGUCUGGAAUGUGGGAUAUCUUUCGGCCAAAGUGCAGCUCUUAUUCAGCAUCAAAGGAUUCAUACAGGAGAAAAACCCUUUGAAUGUAACACAUGUGGGAAAACUUUUAGACAAAGCUCAUCACUUAUUGCCCAUCAGAGAAUUCAUACUGGAGAGAAACCAUAUGAAUGUAAUGCAUGUGGGAAACUAUUCAGCCAGAGGUCAUCACUUACUAAUCAUUAUAAAAUCCACAUUGAAGAGGAUUCCUUGAAAGUAGAUUUGCAUGUGUGAAAGCCUUAAACCAAAGCCCAGCAGAGUAUACAUACAUGAGAUUGAUUUAAUAAAUGUUAUGAACAUGAGAAAACUUUUCAAUUUUAAUUUUGUUUCAUCAGAUAUUAAAUUCUAAGGAUAAAAAGCUCUAUGUGAUAAAUAUGUGGAAAACUUUCAUACCUGUCAGUCACUUUUUAAAAUAUCCCAAGACAAGGAAAUCACAAUUGUAAUUUGAUUGCAAAAUCACAAUUUUGACCAUUUGUAAGAUAAAAGGUGGGGUUUUUCUAUCUCUUUAUACAGCAUUAUACACUAUAUGUGAUAUGUAAACAUGAGAAAAAUCUGGGUGUAGGAGUGCUGGAUUUCUCAUUAGACACCAACUGUAUAAGCCAGCAGCAUAUUUAUUAGAAUUUAUUAAAAUAUUAACAUUUUAAUAGCAAGCAGAACUGAUCUUAAAAUAUAUGCAUAUGUAGACCAAAUAAUAGAUUAAAAAA